AUGGACUCGGUCCACAAACUUGGAAAUAACAACGACAAUACUCCAACCGAAAAAUGUAGAUACCAACGACUUGUGGGGCGACUCAUGUACUUAUCUCACACUCGUCCCGGCAUUGGCUUCGUAGUGAGCGUUGUUAGCCAAUUCAUGAAUCGCCCUUCCGAAGAACAUAUGAACACAAUUUUCAGAAUUCUAAGGUACCUAAAAGGUUCUCCGGGAAAAGGCCUUCUAUUCACACGUAAAGACGACGGCAACCUCAUCACAUGGAGAAGCAAGAAACAAUCUAUUGUUGCUCAGAGUAGUGCCGAAGCUGAGUAUCGUUCUCUUGCACUCGGAAUUUGUAAAGGAAUUUGGAUACGCCACAUCCUUGAAGAGUUAGGAUUGCCUCCAGAUAGACCUAUUCAAAUGUUGUGUGACAACCAAGCUGCAAUUAGUAUUGCAAAGAAUCCUAUUCAUCGUGCUAGGACCAAACACAUUGAAAUUGAUCGUCACUUUAUUUCAGAGAAUGUAAAUAAAGGCUCUAUUGCACCUCUCUACGUUAUAUCUCGCAAUCAGGUGGCUGACAUACUCACCAAAGCUCUUCCUAAACCGAAUUUCGAGGAACUAUGUGGCAAUUUAAACAACAACAUUUCUACGUCACUUCUUCACACUUAUAAGGCCGAUUUCAAUGGUUUUGUCGUCAUGUUAACGAAGGACGAAUAUCAUCGAAUUUCAUUAAUGGAAGAAGUGGUAUCGGUAUUUUCAAAUAGAAAUAAUCAUUUGUACACUACGAGAUCAUGGGACUUCAUUGGAUUUUAUGAAACAAGUAGAAGAGUAAAAUCGGUGGAGAGUAACAUCAUUGUUGGAAUAAUCGAUACCGGAAUUUGGCCAGAAUUAGAUAAUUUUAGAGAUACAGGAUUUGGACCUCCACCACGUAAAUGGAAAGGCUCGUGUCGAGGAUUAAUAAAUUUCACCUGCAAUAAUAAAAUUAUUGGAGCAAGGUACUAUAACAUAAAGGGAGACUUCACGGAAACUGAUAUCAAAUCUCCAAGAGACACCAAUGGUCAUGGAACUCAUAUAGCAUCAACGAUCGCCGGAAACCCUAUUAGUUCGGCAAGCUUUUCCGGUCUCGGCAAAGGUACAGCUCGGGGAGGAGUUCCGUCUUCACGGAUUGCCGUAUAUAAGGUUUGUUGGUCCAAUAACAUUUGCGCAGAUGCUGACAUCCUGGCUGCAUUCGAUGAUGCCAUUAAAGAUGGAGUUGACAUAAUAUCAAUUUCUAACGGAAAUGACUAUAAUGCAAAUUAUCUCGACGAUUCGAUAGCUAUUGGAUCUUUCCUUGCCAUGGGAAAGGGAAUUCUGACGACAAUGGCCGGUGGAAACGAUGGUCCGGAAAUUUCAACUGUUACCAAUGUUGCUCCAUGGGCAAUUACAGUUGCAGCAAGCACCAUUGAUCGAAGAUUCUUUACCAAAUUGAAGUUGGGUAAUCAUGCAACUUUUCAGGGAGAUACAGUGAACACGUUUGAUUCAAAUGGUUUCCUCCCUUUAGUGUAUGGUGGUGAUGUUCCAAAUAAAACAUUGAAUAUUUCUGGAGCAGGAGCUCUUUUGGCAGGAGCAACUGGUAUGGUGAUACGAGCAAAUGGACCCAAAGAUAAUGGUCUCGCGUUUCCCCUCCCUGCAACUUAUGUUGACGAUAAGGUUAGAUACGACAUCAUGAGCUAUAUUAACACAACAAGAAAUCCAAUAGCAAGCAUAUUGAAGAGCAAUGAAGCUAUUGAUGAGUUUGCACCUUAUAUUGCAUCCAUGUCAUCUAGGGGACCGAAUCCCUUAACAUAUAGCAUCCUCAAGCCGGAUUUAUGUGCGCCUGGUAUUGGUAUAUUGGGAGCAUGGACACUUUUGAAUUCUCCUGAGGGAGUACAAAUUGAUAAAAGGAGGCUUCCUUAUAACAUCCUAUCGGGUACAUCAGUAGCCACUUCACAUGUUACUGCUGCCGCCGCUUAUGUCAAAUCCUUCCAUCCUUCAUGGUCUCCAUCUGCUAUAAAAUCUUCUCUUAUGACUACUGCCUUCAAGAUGAAUGCAAAUACAUAUUCUGGACAAGAAUUUGGUUAUGGAGCAGGCCAAAUAAACCCUGUAGGGGCUAUUGAUCCCGGUCUUGUGUAUGAUGCUAGUAAAGCGGACUAUUUACAACUCUUGUGUUCACUAAAGUAUAACAACAAGCAGUUGAAAAGACUUACUAAAAACAUUAUACCAUGUUCCUGCAUCUUCUCUGGAUGUAAAACUGCUUGGAAUCUAAACAUUCCUUCAUUUUCUAAAAAUGUAUUGCCUACAACUCCUUUUAAUGUCACUUUCACUAGGAGAGUUACUAAUGUGGGAUUAGCAUCAUCUAUUUAUAACGCCCAGAUUGUUGCUCCGCCUGCACUGAAAAUAGUAGUCGUGCCGAACAAACUCUUUUUCUCUAAAGUUGGACAAACUCGAUCAUUCAUGAUGACUGUCACAGGAAGACUUAAUUUGAAACAGAAGUUUGUGUCUGCUUCUUUGUCAUGGAUAGAUGGCACACACAUAGUAAGAAGCCCCAUUAUUAUUUUUGCUCCUAGAUAA